CCUCUCCCCCGCUCCCCGCCCCCCACACACCCACACCCACAGCCACACCCACAUACAUACAUACGCACAUCCAUCCAUCCAUCCAUCCCAGACAAUUGCCACACGUCGCCAUGUCUCCCAUCCCGAUUGAGGACAUUACCGUCGAGAAGUCGGACUUCUUCCGGCUCAAAGCCAACGACCUGCUGAAGGCCGGGCGCUACAACGAUGCCAUCCCCCUUUACUCGCAGGCGAUCGACCACCACCCAGCCCCGGCGCCAGCCACCCUCUACACCAACCGCAGCCUGGCCUACUUCAAGGCCGAGCUGCUCGGAGCGUCGCUGACUGACGCCGAGACGGCCCUCUCCCUGGACCCGGGCUUCACCAAGGCCCACUACCGCCGGGGAUGUGCGCUGAUGGGGCUCUGCCGGUGGUCGGAGGCGGCCGCCGCGCUGGCCACCGCCUCGCGCGCCCUCCCCAAGGAUGGGGCCAUGCGGGCUCUGGCCAAGGAGGCCAAGCGCCGGGCCACCGAGGCCGCCUUCCUGGCUGCCAUCGACUCGGCCGAGGACCAGACGUCCAUCAUCGACACCAUGGACUGGUCGUCCAUCGAAGUCGAGAGCACCUACACCGGCCCCCGGUGGGAGGACUCGGAGGAGACCCUCACGCCGGAGUUUGUCAAGCAGGUGAUGGACUUCAUGAAGGAUGGCGGCGUCCUCCACCGGAAGUACCUCUACCGGGUCUUCACCGAGUCGGCCCGGUACCUGCGGUCAUUGCCCAGCCUGCUGGAUGUCACGGUGUCCGAGGAGGCCGAGCAUAUCACCGUGUGCGGCGAUACCCACGGCCAGUACUACGACCUGAUGAACAUCUUCCGCAUGAAUGGGCUUCCCUCGCACUCGAACCCCUAUCUGUUCAAUGGGGACUUCGUCGACCGAGGCAGCUGGAGUGUCGAGGUUGCCGUCACCAUGCUCCUCUGGAUGCUGGCUCUCAAGGGCCCGGAUGGCCAGCCCGGCAGCUUUAUCCCCCUGCGCGGGAACCACGAGAGCCAUGACCAGAACAAGGUCUAUGGCUUUGAGGGCGAGGUCCUGCACAAGUACAACCUCCGUGUGUUCCAGUCCUUCACCGAGCUGUUCACCCUUCUCCCCUUGGCGGCGGUCAUCGACAGCAAUGUCUUCGUGGUGCAUGGCGGCCUGUUCAGCCGUGAUGACGUCACGCUGGACGAUCUGCGUUCGAUCAACCGCUUCGGCUCGCAGCCGACCGGCACCAGCGGCAAGUAUGCCCUUCUCAGCGAAAUGCUCUGGAGCGACCCGAUGGAUGAGAUGGGCCGUCUCCCCUCGCGCCGUGGGAUUGCCAUCCGCUUUGGCCCCGAUGUGUCGGCCAAGUUCCUUGACAGCAACGGCCUCAAGUAUAUGAUCCGCUCGCACGAGGUCAAGGACGAUGGGUACGAGGUGGCGCAUGAUGGGCGGUGCAUCACCGUCUUCUCGGCGCCGAACUACUGCGACUCCACCGGCAACAAGGGCGCCUUCCUGCGCAUCAAGCGCGGCACCAGCGACUACAAGGCCGUCACUUUCUCGGCCGUGCCCCAUCCCGACCUCAAGCCCAUGGCCUAUGCCAAGUCCAUGGGAGGCUUCUAAGCAAGUGCAGGCCACCUCUUCGGCUGUGGGGUGCUCCUUCAUCUCCCCGGGCGUGCGGGACUUUCCCCCUGUCAGCGAGUUGCACACAAUACACGGCUCUCUUGAUGGGCGACUUAC